AUUGCAAGCGGAGCUUUACUCGUUUUAAAACAUCGCAAUUCUAAUGUUUGUUCUGGCGGAGUUAAAAGAUACAGUUAGAAUUCCACCAUGGGAAUUUAAACAAAAAUUAAAUGAUGCUAUUACAAAUGAACUCAACAGAAAAUUAGCAAAUAAGGUUUAUCUUAAUAUUGGUCUUUGUAUUGCUCUUCAUGAUAUUACAAAAAUCGAAGAAUCAUAUAUUUUUCCUGGUGAUGGUGCAUCUCAUACUAAAGUAAUAUUUCGUUUCAUUGUGUUUCGUCCAUUUAUGGAAGAAAUAUUAAUAGGUCAAAUACGUAGCUGUAGUGUUGAUGGAGUCCAUGUAACAUUAGGAUUUUUUGAAGAUAUUAUAAUACCACCUCAUAAACUGCAACAUCCAUCUAGGUUUGAUCAAAUGGAACAAGCAUGGGUAUGGGAAUAUAAUACAGGAGAUGGUGAAAAGCAUAAUUUGUUUAUGGAUGCAGGAGAAACCAUACGAUUCAGAGUAGUGAGUGAAACAUUCACAGAGGCAUUACCUACAGGACCAAAUGUGUCUGGGGAGACUGAGAAAUCAGAAGCUAAAAAUAUAUCUCCAUAUACCUUAGGGGGUGCUAUUGAUGAGCCAGGUCUUGGAUUGCUAACAUGGUGGGAGAAUGCCUAAGAAUACAAAAAUAAAUUCAGAUCAAUAAAUUUUUAUUUCACAGCACAUUCCAUCAUGUUAUCGUAUAUCACUCUUAUAAGUUAUAUUCGUGACUAGCGUCGCAUGUGACCCGAUCUCAGAUAGAAUUUUGACUGUGCGAAUAUAUUUAUUUAGUUUUGAUUAGUAACAGAAUUAUUAAUCGUAUAUUUGUACAAUAUAUACAAAGACGUUAUCUUCUAAACAUGUGGUAACACGCAAAAAAUAUUUUCAGUUCGGUAGAUGUCGAGGACAUGUUAAAACGUUACACAGAAGUUGUUCGGUUAGUAUAAGUAUCAACGUAAAAAACGUUGCAUUUAUUCAGCUACAACAGCGGCAUAAAACUUCCUUUCAAUAUUUUAUGUACUGACUCAGAGCAUAAUGUAUAUUUGACAUUGAUUUGUUUUAAAUAACCGUUGAAAUAGUUAACAGUAUUAAACACGUAAAAUACGUUUUUUUCUAUAUUGCGAUAUAUCAUUACAUUUAAUGAAAAAA